AUGAAGGUUUCCAGCUUCGUCUCGGCCGUGACCGGCGUCGCCGUCGCCUCGGCCGCGCUGCUCCCUCGCGACAUGGCCGCCAACACCACGGUUGUCGCCCAGCCCCAGCCCUCUGCUGGUGCCCGUUGCCCCACGCCUGGCUCGACCGAUAGCCAGGGACGGUACAGCUGCAACCCGGCGCACCAGUAUCCCACGGGACAGACCUGCCAGGUCGUCAACGGCUGCUACUUUCUGAUGAACGGCAGCGGGCUCCAGGCCGUCUCUGCGGGCGCGGCUUCGCUGUCAGCUGCGGGCGCGCUUGCCGUUGCCGUCUGCGGCCUUUUGUUGUUGUAG